AAAUCAAAAUGAACUUUACGCGCGUUGUUUCUUGCGAGUUUCAAAACGCAACCAUGGCGACAAGAAAACAAACCAUUUUUUUUUCAUUUCACGCUUUAUGCUGAUACCGUAUUACGCUUAAUAUAGUUGUGAAACAGGAUGCAUAAAGUGGAUACGAUCAGCUUGUUGCGCGAAGCCAUAGAUCCUGGUGUGAUAACUCGGAGUAUGCUCGUUUCUCUAGCAAUUGAUCAAGGACCAAAGAAAGAAGGCAGUAGACUGUUUCUCCAAGAUGGCAUUGAGCUAGACAAGUUAAAAGAGAUUCGCAUCGAGUUCCUUAAGAUCUUAAACAUCGAUUACCUCUGGAUUUUGAAAAGUCUGGUCAAAUUAUCGCUAUCUCACAAUGUCAUUGAGAGAAUUGAGAAUUUGGACGAGCUUUGUCACUUGAGAGAACUGGACCUCUCGUUUAAUCGCAUUAAAAUUAUGGAAAAUUUGAACAAUCUACAUCGACUAGAAAUUCUGCUUCUAUAUAGUAACGAGAUCUCAAUCGUACAGGGUAUAAACAAUCUGAAGAAGUUGACUAUUUUGAACAUUGGUAAAAAUAAGAUUGACGACUGGAAACAUGUUGUAUAUCUACGUGAAUUUAAAUCACUCAAAAGUUUGAACAUGUCUGACAAUCCUUGCACAGAGAUGGACGGAUAUUUAGACUAUCUGCUCGCAUUUGUGCCCCAGUUAAUUUAUUAUCAAUAUAGAAUGAUAUCCGGAAGUGAGCGUCAAUCUGCCAUUGAUAAGCAUUAUCGUAUAAUUAACAAUCUUGAAGAGAACGAGGCAAAAAUUCAAAUGGAACUCGCGUUGCAACAAGAACGUGAAGACAAGAUUGCAUUACUAUCCGCAUCAUAUGUGGAACAUCUUGAUGAAGAUCAUUUAUUCCAACAAAUGUUUUCUUCUGAUGAAGGUAGAUUUAUCUCAUACUGCUGUAUCUAUAUAUAUUUUAUUUAUAAUUUAUUGAUGAAAAUAGCAGGCAAAACGUUGUCUACAAUAAAUGAAAAUGCACAGAAUGCAUUUGAGGAGUACAAAAAGUCUUUCAUUGCAAUAUGCUAUGAAUUAUACGAACUAGGUUUACAAGAGAGUGAUAAAAGAACAGAGGAAAUAAAAUCAUUUGAAAUUGUUAUUAAUGAGGGCAAAGAAAAUACACAAAAUGAAGCAAGAAGGAUUGUGGAUGAAGUACUUGAAAAAAAAAUAAAGAUAUUUGAGAAUAUAAAAAAUGUGAUGGAAGCUUUGAUGGAGAAACAAGAUGAAGAUGUCGAGAACAUAGCUGCAAAAGCGAGAGAAUUAUUUAAUGAAUUCAAUGAUUUGUUGUUGAAGGCUAGAAAUCAGUUAAUAUCUACAGAAGUUACAUUACAUGAUCAAAUGGAGGAUAUAAACGAAGUAUUCAGGAUUAAUAUGUCGGACAUGGUCAACUCGUUCUUGGAAACCGCACGAGAACACUUUUCCCGAUUACGAAACGCAGAGAUUGAAUAUAACAAUAUUAUAAAUGGAUUAGUUUUACAGUAUUUAAGUAGUUUUGAGGAUGAAGCACAUAUGCCACUUCAUCUUAAAGAUUUGUGCUGCAACAAAGAUACUUUGGCCAUCACUCUUGUCGCCUCGCACGAUAUACACUUACAAAUUAUAGAUGAUCGAGAGAAGUGCAUGAUAAAUCGACUUAACAAUUGGCUCAAAGAUUAUAUCAAUCAGUUAAUUACCGAUGAAGAUAAAAGGAAUCGCCAGCAAAUAUUGGAAAUAUCGCAUUUCUCUGAAUUUCAACAGCAACAACUUAAUUCAUUAAGCUUACCACUGCAUUUGGAUUUGGCAGACAUUGAUCUAGACGAUGGUAUAUUGAAAAAUUAAUGAUUAAUAUGUUAUAUUUUGCCUCUUGAUGGUAUGGAAUAAAAUUCAGGAAAUAUAAA